UUCUUAAUGCGUUCCGGCGUCCAUUUUAAUACUUACGAUUUCAAAUUGUUGUUAUUUUUACCUAACAAUUUUUUUUAGGAUGUCGGAUGAGAAGUCAGAGAGCCAACCUCUCCCCCCAACUGAACAGCACCAACCAUUGGUUGGAACAGUCGAUUGUUCAGAUGAUAAGAAAAAUUUACGGGCAAGGUCCAGAUCUCGAUCACCUGUUCAUAGAUCUCGCUCCAGAUCGCCUAGAAGAAACAGAAAUGACCGUUCAAGGCCAUUCACAGGUGGCAGACGUGUUGUUGUUCGCAAUAUUCCUUAUGAAGUAAGGUGGCAAGAACUAAAAGAUAUGUUUCGUAAAGACAUUGGAGAUGUAACUUACGUAGAAAUGCUUGAAACCCCUGAUGGAAAAUCAAAAGGAGUUGCGGUGGUUGAAUUCCGUGACCCUGACCAUGCAAAAAAAGCAAUAGAGGAAUAUCAUCAAAAGAAGAUAAAAGACAGGGCUAUUAUUGUUCGUGAGGAGAGAGAAAAGGAUCGGCAAGAAUUUUUACAGCAUCAAAGCAUGAGAGACCGGGGCUUGAUGGAUCCUAACAUGGGUGGUCCAGGAAUGGGACCUGUGGGAUUGGGUGGAGGUAUGGGACCUGUAGGACUGCCUCCUGGUAUUAAUCCACAGAUCCUUAAUCAACUGGGAAUAGAACCACCUAUUACCAAUACUGUCUUUGUUGCCAAUCUUGACUAUAAAGUGACUUGGUGGAAAUUAAAAGAUGUUUUUAAGCUGGCUGGCAAUGUUAUUAAAGCUGAGAUAAAAGAGGACAAAGCAGGAAAAUCAAGAGGCAUGGGUGUGGUUGUAUUUGAACAUCCUAUGGAAGCUGUUCAAGCUGUGUCUAUGUUUAACGGUCAAGUUUUGUAUGAAAGAAACAUGAUUGUACGUAUAGACAAAGGAAGAGAACCAGAAAAGCCAAAAUUACCGAGUGGCUUGAAAUCAAUUGGUAUGGGGCUUGGGUCUGGUGGAGCGCCUCUAACAAACAUUAGUCAGCUAGGAGGUAGUGAGUAUCUAUGUGCGGGUAUGGGUUUAUCAGAUUCAUUCUACAAGCAAGAUCUUGGAUUGGGUGGAGGUGGUUUAAUGGGAAUGGGAGGCUCUGGUUUAGGCUUACUUGGUGCUGGUAUGGGUGGAGGACCAGACAUGGGAUUUGGAGGAGGACUUGGGGGAUUAGGUGGUUUAGGGGGAAUGGGAAUGGGGCUUGGAUCUAGCCCAGGCGGAUCAUGUGGCAUGGGCAUGGGUGGUCUUGGGGGUUCAGACCUUGGACUUGGAGGAUCAUCAAAGAUGGGAAUGUCUGAUAGUUAUUCCAACAGUUACUCUGGUUUGGGAGGGUCCAGUUACAAUGGAAAUUCCAGCCUCUCUGGACUUGGGGGGCUGGGCCCCAGUCUAAGCUCUUUAUCAGCGGGUCUUGGAUCUGGUGACAGACUAGGAAGUGGUGAUAGGCUUGGAUUAGAUGGAAUUGGGAUGGGCAGAGAUAGAAUGGGUAUGGAUAGAAUGGGAGGCAUGAAUGAUAGGAUGGGAGGUUUAAAUGAUAGAAUGGAUAAGAUGAGGGAUGGAUAUGGUGGGAACAGUGGUCAAGACAUGAGAGAAAUGGAUGCUGGGAAUAGGAGAACGACUCGGCCAGACAACUGCACAAUAGUCGUCAAAAAUUUACCGUACAGUAUAAACUGGCAAGCAUUAAAAGAACAUUUCCGAGAUGCAGACAUGUGUCUUACAGGAGAUGUCAAGUUUGCUGAAAUUGUAAUGGAUAAAGGGAGGUCAACAGGCAUUGGUUAUGUGAGAUUCAGCAAUGAAGCUGAUGCUCAAAGAGCUAUAAGUUUGAAAAACAAGUCAAGACUGGAAAGGCGAAACAUAAAUGUUUCUCUUCAUCGCAAUUGAUGUGAGUAACUGGAGAUAGAUGUAUAGUAGUUCCCCGCAAAAGGACUUCAUUAGCCGUGAAAAUGUAGUUUUGCUCUCCUGUUUUGUGCUGAAUCUUUUCUCGAGGUCAAAUGGUUGUCUUCCUUCAUCAAUUUUGAUUUUGUGAUUUUAAAGAACUUUGUUUUAUAUCUUAAUUUUAAUGUUUCAAAAUUUGUGAUGCCGACUAAGGAUCUUAUGUAGAAUGAUUUUAUGGUCUUGGCCGUUAUUGUGUUUUCACGGGGCUAAUGUAGUAGAUGCAGUAAGGUUUUCUCGUUUGUACUAUGUAAUAUAAUAAAUGUCAGUGUUGUGGGACCACUGUUCUCUGGCCUGUUUUAGUGUAACAUUGUUUAUAGUUUUAACAUCUUUUUUUUUUUUUUUAAAAAUACUGUGUUGGAUGUUUGCAAGUUAUGAUAGCUCCAUUUUUGUUAAACAAUAAAUCUCAGUGAGUAUUGAGCAUGAUUGAUGUUUAAAUGUCAUGAAAUAAAGUUUUUUAUGGAUCCA